AUGCAACAACAACAACAACAACCAGGAUUCGCCUCCGAUCCUCAACAACAACAAAUUCUUCACAAUCUCUCCAUAAAAUGUUCCGAAUAUAUUUCUCAACAAGAUUGUUUUUCUCUACUUUCGCAAUCAAAUUGGAAUUAUGAAUGGUGUGAAAGAAUUCUAUACACAAUUCCGAAUGUUAUAUUUUCACAAACUGGUAUUCCGAAAGAAUUAGGUCUCCGCCUCAUUCUCUCAGAAUCGAAUUGCAAUGAAGAAACUUGUCAACUCUAUGUCAACAUGGUACUCGAUUUUGCUCAUAAAACAAAUCUAAAUUGGUGGUUGUGUGUGGACUGUUUGAGUCAAGCCAAGUGGAGUGUAGAAAUAGCUUUUGAAAUGUUUCAACGAUGCAAACAUGAAAUACCUGAGAGUGGGUUUGUGAAUUUAUCAAGAACGAUUUCUGUUGUGAAUACUAAUGAUGAAUUUCAAGAUAGUGGAGAUGAAAAUGAAAACAUUACUUCGUACAACAACAACCACACCAACAACAAUACUAUGUUAUCUUCAUCAACAACAGCAUCCCCUUGCAUUGGAGGAGUUCUUUUGAACUCAAAUCAGCAAUUGUCAUCAUCGGCUUGUGAUAAUCCAAACAUGUUAGACAAUGAUAACGUUCUUCACGAAAAUACACCAGAAAGUUCUCCAAAUGAAAGUGCCAACAUUUUGAACACUGGACGAAUAUCCAUUAUUAGUAAUUAUUUCUGA